CAACUCUUAUCUUUUAAUUAAUUUUCAUUUUACCUCAAAAGAAAAGAAAAUUCGAACUCCUCUCUCUCUCUCUCUCUCUCUUUCGUUCUCUCAAACAUCUCUUUCAAAGUAUCCGUUGGAACAGUUCGUAAUCUGAGAGAGAAAGUCGCCAUUAAGAAGCCAAGUGAUAAUCGAAGGUGAAGCAGAGAAGAACAAUCGGUUAAAUUUUGGAACGAUUUUUGUUCUUUGAUUCGAUGUCGUUCAGAGAGAAGAUGCCGACGAGUCCCAAAUCGCCUCUGAGAAGGAGACGCUCGAGCUGGACCGGGUCAUGGCUGAACCAUCCGACGACGUCUUUCAAGCAAGUAGUCUCCGCCGUGAUUCAGUCUCAAUCCCCAAGAUCCAGGUCUAAAUCCCUAGGUUCCGAUUUCGAUUUCCUCGAAAUCGAUCGAACACUCUCCUUGUCCGAUUCCCUCCUCCUCAAGAUCCUCCAGAAGCUUCCCGAUUCCCAGAGCACCGACGUUUCCCUCGUCUGCAAACGGUGGCUGAAUCUCCAGGGACGGCGUCUACGGAAUCUCAAGGUUUACGAUUGGGACUUUCUCUUGUCCGGGAAGCUCGUCUCUAGGUUUCCGAAGCUCAGGAACGUCGAUUUGACGAGCGCGUGUAUGAAUCCGCCGCGAAACUCGGGUAUUUUGCUAUGUCACAAAUCGAUUUCGUUUCAAGUAUCUUCAGAUUCGUCGAAUUGGGGUUUCGUCGAGGAGAAUCUAUUGCACAGUGAGAUGGUCGAUAGAGGGCUUAGGGUUUUAGGAAGAGGGAGCUGCGAUUUGCUCAAGCUCGUAGUGAUUAACGCCACUGAAAUGGGAUUACUGAGUUUAGCUGAAGACUGUUCUGAUUUACAAGAGCUAGAGCUGCACAAGUGCAGCGAUAAUCUCUUGCGUGGAAUCGCUGCUUGCGAGAAUCUGAGAGCCUUGAGAUUGGUUGCGAGCGUCGAUGGACUGUACACUUCGUCGGUUUCUGAUAUAGGUUUGACGAUAUUAGCACAAGGGUGUAAGAGGCUAGUGAAGCUUGAGCUUAGAGGCUGUGAAGGUAGCUUCGAUGGGAUCAAAGCGAUUGGGCAGUGCUGUGAAGUGCUCGACGAGCUGAGUAUAUGUGACCAUAGAAUGGAUGAUGGUUGGAUAGCUGCGAUUUCGUAUUUUCCGAAUUUGAAGACUUUGAGAGUUUCGUCGUGCAGGAAGAUGGAUUCUAGUCCUGGACCGGAAAAGCUGCUUGGUUCUUGUCCAGCUCUUGAGAGUUUGCAUCUCCAGAGGUGUUGUUUGAAUGAUAAAGACGGCAUGAGAGCUUUGUUUAAGGUCUGUGAUGGAGCAACGAAAGUUCAUAUCCAGGAUUGCUGGGGAUUGGAUGAUGAUUCUUUCACCUUGGCUAAAGCUUUCAGGAGGGUUAGGUUUUUGUCUUUGGAAGGAUGCUCAGUCUUAACAACAAGCGGGUUAGAGUUAGUGAUUCUGCACUGGGAAGAGCUUGAGAGCAUGAGAGUAGUGUCAUGUAAGAACAUAAAAGACAGUGAGAUUUCACCUGCACUCUCCUCUUUGUUCUCUCUUCUCAAAGAACUUACGUGGAGACCAGACACAAGGUCUCAUCUCUCAUCGAGCCUCGAAGGUGCCGGAAUUGGUAAGAGAGGUAGCAAAUUCUUCAAAAAGAGAUGAUUAUUUUUGAACCUAAUCUUUAUAGUUUAUGUGUGUCCCUUAAAAAUCUUGAGAUAGACAAACUUUUUAGUUAUAUUCUUCUUGGGGGCAUUGUUACUUUGUUGUAAAAUCUGUCUUUGAUAACAAAUUUGUAGUCAUGUUCAAAAAAAAAGAACUCUUUAUGUAUUUGCAAUGUUCUGUUGUUAUGUAUAAUAAUAAAAUUCUUGUUUGUCCAUACCAUAGUACUUUUUUUGGGUUUUUCAUUAAAAUUUGGAUAAACAAAAGAAUUUACAAGAUAUAUGUUACUGUUAGGGUUAUUAUUAGUUUCGAUUUCUAGAGAAAACAAGUAAGAGAAAGUCAAAACAUUCGAAACAAGAGAAGAACCUUCUUCUUCUUGUUCGUCUUGUUUUUUGGAGAGAUCUCAUGGCUUCGUCACUUCUGUAAGCUCUCAUCACCGUGUCUUGUUCCGCUUCUUCUUCUCUAAACAUCAAAUCUGACACGUCAUCUUCGCCGUAGAAGACAUUUCUCUUCCCGGCGUCGAUUAAACCUUUCCGUCGACAUGGUAACGUUGCAGAAACUCGUGACUCCGCCGUCGAGGAAAGUAGGUCACUGUUGGGGAUGGAACCAGC